UAUCAACCAUUUUGUGUGAGACAACUUUUCGUCUUUGAGUCGGUCGUCCGUUGUAGACUUGUGUAUCUUGUUAAAACUUAAAACUGAAUUGUUUCCUAUCGCAUUUUGUCGUGGGUUAAAACUAUGACUCUGACCAUGUCUGGAAUGAAGAUUGCAGCGGUUGGGUUGUCACAACGUGCUGGUCGCCCAACACUUUUCCAAGCGGCCAAGUACUCGUGGGAACCGAAAGAAGUGGAAACUCAUACUGGUCAGAAAUGGGAAAAGGACGACUACCGCUUAGCGCGUUUCAUUGAUAAGACAAAGGAAGUGAACAAGUCGUUUGCCAUUGAUCUCAUCAAUCAAGUACCGCCUAAACCGUGUACAGAGCGGGUUGUCUUUUGCGAUGGUGGCGGUGGACCACUGGGUCAUCCAAAAGUCUACAUAAAUUUGGACAAACCAGGGAAUCAUGCUUGUGGAUAUUGUGGCUUACGAUUUUUCAAGAAGGAUGGUCACUAAAAGUUAUUAUAUUAUUCAAUCAAACUUUUUGAAGAUUAUUUAGACUAACAGAUAAUGAAUAAUUAAAAGCUGUAAAUUGGAAUCUGUUUAUAUUAGAAAUAAAUUAUAUUUGUUAGAAAAAAAAAAUGUUGU